CCUGUGAGCUCCACGUGCGCCUUAAUGAUUUCGCAGCUCUCCUUUUGUUCCUCUGUCAUUUUCAUCCACACUCAGCAAAACUCACACUUUAUUUAUUCAAAUUAACAAACGUGAUGCCAAGAAGAAACAAGAAAUCCCCCCUGUCCCAGGAUGAAGACCCGGAGCUGCGCAGGAAGAGAAUGGCCCUGUUUAUCCAGCAGUUUGAGAAAGAAGCACAAGAGCGAAUGAGGGAUCUAGAGUCCAAAGUGGAAAACAUUUUAGCGACAAUAGACAAAGUUUUUAGGGUAGAACUCAUGAAAAUGCCUCCUUCUCUUAAAAACAUGCGCAUUGGAGAUUUAAUAAGUGCUGAGGAAUUGCCAGCAAGUGACGUGUCCAUUGCCCUGAAGAAUGAAGUUAUUGAAAUACAACAACCACCAAGAAGAGGAGCCAGAAAUCGAUUAAAAUCCACAGACGCAGUCCCUGUACAAGGCACUCCCGCUUCAAGGGGCACCGUGACAAAGGGAGGGAAAAAUGCCAGGAUGAGGACCAGGACUUUACCGGAGAGCAUCAGCACUGGAAAUCUAAGGACGGCUGCACUGAAAAGAACAGAAAGCCUCAAGAUAAAUGAUCAGACGGCAACGACAAAACCAAAGCUCAGGUCUGUGGUGUCGGCUGGUGAUAUGCAGUGCUCUGGGGCUGGUGCGUCGGCUCACAUCACCGUCACUACGAGAGAGGGGCGGUCCGUCUGCUUUUCAGAAGAGAACAAGGACGACAUUAACCUGGACCUUUUGGAUGAUGUGGCCUGGUGUCAAAUCCAGAGGCUCACAAGUUUAAUGGAUCAUCUGUCAAGUCGCUGCCAAAGAUGAUAAAACCCCCACUUAGAUUUUUAUGUGUUUUAAACAAGCUAAUUAAAGUUUGUAUUUGUGUUUCAAA